CCCUUAAGUACACACAUGGUCAUGAUGUUCUUUUGUUCAUUAGUUCAUAAUCACAUGCAUGAAAUUUGACAUUCACAUCUUUGUGUUUCAGUUUGUAAGAAAAGGAUACUACUUUUGCCAUGUCUUCCACUUUUGAAGUAGAGCGAAGCAAUAGUGUUUCAGCCUCAGAAGAUGAAUAUGAAAAUGAGGAGUGCCCAGUGAAACAAGUUGAACUCACUGUGCCCAAAACUGAUGACCCAACAAUGCCUAUUCUGACAUUCAGAAUGUGGAUUUUGGGCAUUGUUUCGUGUGUGGUGUUGUCCUUUGUCAAUCAAUUCUUUUGGUACAGAACACAACCUUUGAGUGUCACCUCAAUUUCUGCUCAGAUUGCUGUUGUUCCAAUUGGCCACUUCAUGGCAAGGACCUUGCCAACUCGUGUCUUCUUCAAAGAUACAUGCUUUGAAUUCUCACUCAAUAGGGGGCCAUUCAGUAUCAAAGAGCAUGUUCUUAUAACUAUCUUUGCUAAUUCUGGUGCUGGAACUGUUUAUGCUACUCAUAUUUUGAGUGCAGUGAAGCUCAUGUAUAAAAGAAAAUUGGGUUUUCUUCCUGCAUUAUUACUCAUGUUAACUACUCAGGUGCUGGGGUUUGGUUGGGCAGGACUGUUCAGGAAAUUUCUGGUUGAGCCAGGGGAAAUGUGGUGGCCUUCUAAUCUGGUUCAGGUUUCAUUAUUCAGUGCUUUACAUGAGAAAGGUAAAAGACCAAAAGGAGGCACAACACGCACUCAAUUUUUUAUCCUUGUCUUGAUCUCUGGCAUGGCUUACUAUGUUUUUCCCGGCUAUUUGUUUUCAAUGUUGACAUCUUUCUCUUGGUUAUGUUGGCUUGCCCCCAAGUCUAUCCUAGUCCAACAACUUGGUUCUGGCUUGAAGGGUCUUGGCAUUGCUGCAUUUGGUUUUGAUUGGUCUACAAUUUCUUCAUACCUUGGUAGUCCACUAGCCAGUCCAUGGUUUGCUACUGCUAAUGUUGCCGUUGGAUUCUUUCUUGUUAUGUAUGUGAUGACACCAACUGCUUACUGGUUAAAUGUGUAUGAUGCCAAGACUUUUCCAAUAUUUUCAAGUAAGCUGUUUAUGGGAAAUGGUUCACUGUAUGACAUUUCAACCAUUGUUGACUCUAAUUUCCAUCUUGAUCGGAAUGCUUAUUCGAAGAAUGGGCCUGUACAUCUUAGCACAUUCUUUGCAAUGACUUACGGCCUCGGAUUUGCAGCACUUUCUGCUACAGUGGUGCAUGUUAUCCUCUUCCAUGGAAGGGAAAUAUGGAUGCAAAGCAAAAUGGCCUUUGGAGACAGUAAAAAAAUUGACGUACACACAAGACUUAUGAGGAGGUACAAAUCAGUCCCCAUGUGGUGGUUUCUCAUCAUUCUACUGGUGAACAUAGCUGUUAUUAUGUUUAUUUGUGAGUACUACAACGAAUCACUUCAGUUGCCUUGGUGGGGUGUAUUGCUAGCCUGUACAAUUUCCAUUUCCUUCACUCUUCCAAUCGGUAUAAUAGCAGCCACUACAAAUCAGCCACCUGGUUUAAACAUUAUAACAGAAUACAUAAUUGGUUACAUGUAUCCAGAACGCCCUGUGGCUAACAUGUGCUUUAAGGUAUAUGGGUACAUUAGCAUGACUCAAGCACUAACCUUUUUGCAAGACUUUAAACUUGGACACUAUAUGAAAAUUCCACCAAGAACAAUGUUCAUGGCACAGGUGGUAGGAACAGUCAUAUCAGUGCUUAUAUACACAAUAACUGCAUGGUGGUUGAUGGGGACUAUCCCUCACCUUUGUGACACUACCAAACUUGCACCUGAUAGCCCUUGGACUUGCCCAAUGGACAAUGUGUUCUAUGAUGCAUCUGUUAUAUGGGGUCUUCUUGGACCACGCAGAAUCUUUGGAGACCUUGGUGAAUAUGCCAAUGUGAAUUGGUUCUUCCUUGGUGGAGCCGUUGCACCCCUUCUGGUUUGGCUUGCUCACAAGGCAUUCCCAGGCCAAAAAUGGAUAGCUCUAAUUCACAUGCCUAUCUUGUUAGGUGCAACAUCAAUGAUGCCUCCUGCAACAGCAAUUAACUUCACCAGUUGGAUAAUUGUUGGGUUUCUCUCAGGGUACAUUGCAUACAGAUAUAGACAAGAUUGGUGGAAACGCUACAAUUAUGUAUUGUCUGGUGGUCUUGAUGCUGGAACUGCCUUCAUGACAAUCUUACUCUUUCUUACUUUGGGUAAUAAAAACAUUGCACUUAAUUGGUGGGGAAAUAAUCCUGAAGGGUGCCCCUUGGCCUCUUGUCCUACCGCAAAGGGCAUUAUGGCUGAAGGUUGCCCUUUUCAAUGAUCAUUGCAAAAUUUCCUUUUUUAGAUGAAGGGUGCCCCUUGGCCUCUAGCACUCAUCACUUGGAUGCCAUUAGCUUAAUAUUUCAAUUUAAGUUGAACAUUUGGUCUGUAUUUUUGAACGUUUAACAGUAUAAGCAUAAAAGUAGCUUUUGAACCAUGUCAUUGUUGAUGGUCAUGUCUUUUUAACAUACAACCAAACUUGGACCACCAUGUUUUGGAGAAAGAUGAACACAAUGGAUUGAGAAAAAGCAUAGGUCAAUUGUAUAUGAAUCAUUGUAAUCGUAUCAAUCAGAACUUUGGCUCU